AUAUAAAACAACAAGAUUUCAUUUCAAUACAAAUACAUUCUAUACAAUAGAUUAAGUUUUUGUUCUGGAAUAAACAUUAUUUUUGUACGAUUACACAGUUUCUUCGAAUAAUAUGGCGUUUGUUGAUUUUUUUUUAAAUGGGAUCGAAGAGAAAUUUAAAAAUAAACUAUUUACCGCAAAAAGGGACAAUAAUUAAUACCACUUGAACACAUUUUAAUUAUUCCUUUUGUAAUCACAAGAAUACUGUAAUACGAAGCCAAAAAGUGAUUAUCUAAGUUUUAGUUGUAUUUUAUACGAUAUUUUAUCAUUAUUUUGUUAAUAUCGGAGUUGCUUACAGGGACAAGAAAUACGGAAAACAGAACAAAUCACUUGCAGUAUUAGGCCUAUACCAGACUACCUGCAAUUAACGUUUUGACUAUAUAAGUAUAGUUGAGAUCCACUCUCGAUGUUUACAACUACUGUGACUUGGCGGUUACAAUUAGAGCGUAGUGUGUAGCUCGAUUUUAUAAUUUUGCGUGUAUGUGCAGUGUGUGUCAUACCGACCGUUAUAUUCGGUGGCUCAUUUAUAUUUGUUUUAUUUUGUGAAAAAUAUACUCAUAUACUUUCAUGAGUAAUUGGUAUAUCUGUGUAUAGACAAAUAAAUUACGUUAUUUGGAAAAUUUCCUGAAACAUACAUCAGAAUAAGAAUUUUCCCCAGCAUGUAUAGGUAUAUAGUACAUAGGUAAACAUUCGAUUCGAACAAGCAAACAUCAGGAAUUCCUAUUCUGUGUAGAACUACUUACAUAUCGUUAGUCCUAUUCCAAAGCUCAACCCGAAAGUCGCACGCGCAUUUUCAAAAACGAUAUAUAAUAUCGUAAAAGUUAUAAACUUUCAAGUGACACGACAGUGCGUUAUACUCAGGCGAUUCUCUAGUUCGAAAAUGGGUCGGAAAAAAAGCCACAGAGAGCCAAUAAAGCGGAAACGGACGUAUACCUGCGAGCGCAAAUGCACCGAAACUAUUAAACUCAUUGAUAUCAAUGGAGCCCUAUGCCACAAAUUGGUUUGUCGGGAAUGCAUUGAAAUAGCCCACAGAGAACGAACUGAACGAUGCGUCUUCUUCUUGCUCGUAUCCACAUUCACGGUCUCAUUGUGCAUUCUGUGGGUUUGCUACGCGCACCCUGGACACGUUGAGCAUUUUUUGCAAGAAUACAUAGACCCACUGUACAACCGGAUUCAACGAUAUAUCUUUGACUACUUGUAUCCGAACAGGCAUUUAAUAUAAGCAGAAUAACGCGAACACUUGUUGGAUUUUCGAGUGUUUUUAAUUUUAUACGCAUAUCAAACAAUAGACGACGAGGCGAGCAAAACCUUUCGAAUGAAUUCUGACGUAUUGUUAUAUAUAUAUAUAUGUAUAUAUUUGUUUUUAUUAAUGUACGCUUGUAAAUAUUACGUGAGCAAUUGAUUUGUCACUGUAAAUAUCGCGGUGUUUUUAUCAAAAUUCACUUUCGCUAUGAUGUAUAUGUAUAAUACAUUAUCUGCAGCUGUGCUAAUAAGUAAAUAAAUAAAUGUAACUCGUCACAAAAUGUUUCAA